AAGUAGUCCGUAAUUGUAAACGACAUUGUCCUUGUUUGAAAAAGAAUUGUGUGUGUGGGGGUGUGGGGUGGGGGUCCCACCCAUAUUCCUUCCUUGGAAAUUUGAUUGAUGGAUGCCCAGCCAAAGCCAGAGGCAGAGGCAGAGGCAGGGUCAGACCCAGACAGCCAAGAUUAUCCGAUACCACUUCAUCUUCCACCUCCUCCUCCUCCUCUGUUACGUUGCUGCUUGUACCUCUCUCCCAAACUCUCUCUGUAAUUAAUUAAUUAAUUGAUUUUGAAGAUUAGUUAAUUAGUUAUACGUAGAGAGCAAGGAAGGUUACAAUAAGGAAGGAAGAAGCCGAAGAAGGGGAAGGGAAGGGAAAGGAAGGGUUAGAGAAUGAGCGUGGCGGGGAUUCAGGCGGCAACACGGACGCAUGUGGGGAAAUACGAGAUCGGUAAAACCCUGGGUGAGGGCAGCUUUGCCAAGGUCAAGUUCGCUAAGAACAUUGACACCGGAGACAGCUUUGCCAUCAAAAUCAUUGACCGUGAUCGUGUCCUUCGUCACAAAAUGGUCGAACAGAUAAAAAGAGAAAUAGGUACAAUGAAGUUGAUCAAGCAUCCUAACGUCGUGCAACUCUUUGAGGUUAUGGCAAGCAAAACGAAGAUCUAUAUUGUGCUUGAGUAUGUUGAUGGAGGCGAGCUCUUCGACAAAAUAGCUAAGCAUGGGAAACUUAAAGAAGAUGAAGCCAGGAGGUAUUUUCAGCAGCUCAUCAACGCUGUGGAUUAUUGCCACAGUAGAGGCGUGUACCACAGAGACCUAAAGCCCGAGAAUCUGCUUUUGGACUCAUUUGGUAAUCUUAAAGUUUCAGACUUUGGAUUGAGUGCAUUUUCACAACAAGUACGGGAAGAUGGGCUGCUUCACACUGCUUGUGGGACACCAAAUUAUGUCGCUCCUGAGGUGCUCACUGAUAAAGGUUAUGAUGGUACAUCAUCUGAUAUAUGGUCAUGUGGGGUCAUUCUUUUUGUCCUUAUGGCUGGAUACUUACCUUUUGAUGAGCCAAAUCUCAUGGCUUUGUAUAGGAGAAUUCACAAAGCUGAUUUCUCAUGUCCAUCAUGGUUUUCAUCUGGUGUGACGAAAUUGAUAAAUCGUAUUCUUGACCCAAAUCCACUCACUCGGUUAACAAUUCCCGAAAUAUUAGAAAAUGAUUGGUUCAAGAAAGGAUACAAGCCACCACAUUUUGAGCAGGGAGAGGAUGUGAAUCUUGAUGAUGUAGAUGCUGUUUUCAAUAGUUCGGAGAAACAUCUUGUAACAGAAAAGAAAGAGAAGCCUGUAUCCAUGAAUGCCUUUGAGCUUAUUUCAAGGUCACAGGGUUUCAAUCUUGAAAAUUUGUUCGAAAAGCAGAUGGAUAUUGUGAAGCGAGAAACAUGUUUUGCUUCCAAGCGCCCUGCAAAUGAGAUUAUGUCUAAAAUUGAGGAAACUGCAAAGCCUCUGGGUUUCAAUGUCCACAAGCGAAAUUAUAAGAUGAAGUUAAAAGGUGACAGAACUGGAAGGAAGGGCCACCUUUCUGUAGCUACAGAGGUUGUUGACUGUUUUCGACUUCAGGUUUUUGAGGUGGCUCCCUCGUUACACAUGGUGGAGCUCCGGAAAACAGGCGGUGACACACUAGAAUUUCACAAAUUUUAUAAGAGCUUCUCAUCAGGAUUAAAAGAUAUAGUCUGGGACACUGAAGCAAAUACUAAAGAAAUGAGGUCUUAACAAUUGUUGCGUCCAUUUAUUAGUUAAAAAUCCCGUGUGUUUAUUUAAGCCCCCAUUGCAGACCUCAAGCCGAGGGUUAUUGAAUGGACAGUGGUCCAUUAAAGUCAUGGAUGUGUGAAGAAAAUAGCACCAUUCAUUAUUUACGAUUGUUAUUGGGAUCUGUGGCCACUGAGGAGGGAAGUAAUUCAAAUCCCUGAAUUUGAGGUCCUAGUUGGUUUCCUUUCUUGCAUUUCAAUUUUUCUAUAAAUUAAGUGAAACUAUUGGAAUUUUCAGACAGAUUGUUUCGUAAGUUAGAACUGUCCUGGAUCUCCAACAAGGGACAUUUGGGUAAA